AUGUUUGCUGAGCGGAGGCAGGUAAAACAAUUUGGCAUGAAGAUGCGCAAGAGAUUGGCCAUAAUUGUUCUCUGUUGUGUAGGUUGUUUUUUUGUUUCAUAUUAUAAAAUAAUUUUAGGCAAGUAUUUCAAAAAAGCUGCCACAAACGUUUUAAAGAAAGAGGCACCGAUAAUUUUACUUUAUACAACCUGGAAUGUAGAGGAGUAUUGGUCAGAUCUUUAUCCAGAGAACCUGAAAAGCCACCUUAAAGACACAAAUUGCUCCAUCACAGACUGCACAAUCACUUAUGAUAAAGACAAGAUAGCGAAAGCAUCAGCUGUACUGUUCCAUGCUCAAGACUUGACUUCAGAUGAUCUUUACUUGCCUAAAAGCCUGAGCAGUUUGAAACGACUGCCCCAUCAGAGAUGGGUAUGGGUCAAUCAAGAGAGCCCACUCAAUUUAAAAAAUGUCAAAUCAUACAAUGGGUUGUUUAAUUGGACAGCAACCUACCAUAGGAAUUCAGACAUUUUCUUGCCUUAUGGUAACUAUGUGAAAGAUAAUAGUACAAAUUUCUAUACACAUAGCAAAUUUUUGAAAAGGCUGCUUAAACAGAAAAGGAGACUUAUUGCCUGGGCUGUCAGUGACUGUGGUGGUUUGAGGGAAAAGUUUGUGUUAAAACUUCAAAAUUAUUUGAACAUUACAGUGUUUGGGAAGUGUAAUAAAAGGUUCAAGUGUCAAGAUUCCUGUAUACCAAAAACUACAGGCUGCAGAGAAAAACUGAAACAAUUCAAGUUUUAUCUGUCAUUUGAAAAUAGCAUUUGUGAAGACUAUGUGACAGAAAAAUAUUGGGAGAAUGCUUUGUUGCAUAACAGUGUGCCUAUUGUUUUUGGAGCAAAUUAUGACAAGAAAGUUGCCAUACCUGGAAGUUUCAUCAAUAUCCAAAAUUUCAAAAGUGUUAUUGAUUUGGCAAAUUACAUUUCAUUUCUGGACAGGAAUGAUGAUUAUUAUUUUAAAUAUUUUGACUGGAAAAAGAAGUUUAAAGCUAAGCAAACAGAAGAUUUGCUUUGUUUAAUGUGCAAGAAAUUGCACAAUCAAACAAUGCCAGAAAAAGUCUAUGAGGAUUUGGAUGCAUUUUGGAGCAGGAGAAGACAUUGUAGUCAUUAUGAUGUUUUGAGUAAGAAAGUGCAACAUCAGCUGGUAUAAACAAAUCAACUCAUGUUAUUGUAUACACAUAAUUUUCAAAGGACUUUAUAGAUAUAUAUCUAAUGAAAAGAGUCUGUCAACAUAUUUUAUAUGUGAUUUAAUUGCAAAUUUACUAUUUGUAUGAAGGUGUAUGACAGGCAACUUAUCAAAUGGUAUGUAAUAUCAGACAGGUGUUAUAAU